UCUUGUAAUGCGUAACGUAAACAUUGAAUAUUGAGAAUUAUGAACGAUAUAAAAUGUCGCGAUUGAUAGUAAAAAAUUUGCCAAAAAAUAUUACAGAUACAAAAGUAAAGGAACUUUUCAGUCAAAAAGGUUUAGUAACUGAUGUGCAAUUGAAAUACACAAAGGAUGGCAAAUUUCGACGAUUUGCCUUCAUUGGGUUUAAAACAGAAGAGCAAGCAAUAGCUGCCAAAGAAUAUUUUGACAAAACAUGCAUUGAUACUUGCAGGGUAUCUGUAGAGCAAUGUGCAAGUUUAGGGGAUUCUUCUAAACCUAGAGCAUGGAGUAAAUAUGCCCCUGACAGUUCAAAGAGCGUAACCAAUAAUGAAAGUACCAAUGAAGUAAUAGAAAGCUCAUUCUUGAGUAAAAAUACAGAUGAAACAGAUGAAAAGAAGAAAAAGGGCAAAAAGGAUAAAAAAGAAAAAGUUUUAACAGGUGAAGUUAAAGAUGCACUAGAGAAGUAUAAAGAUGAUCCUUUAUUUAUGGAAUUCCUUGAAAGUCAUGCACUAAAAAAGACUGUAUGGAAUAACGAUACAACAUUAACACCUAUUGAAAUCAAGGAACAUAGUGACAAGGAUGAUGAAAAGGAGGAAAGGGAAGAAGAAGAGGGAGAAAAGCAAAAAAUUGCAAAUAAAGUUAUAUCUGAUUUAGAGUAUAUGGAAGCUUUAAAAGGGAAGGAGAAGGAUACAGAGGAAAAGGUUCCAAAUGAUAAAAAUAAAUCGAAACGUGGCCCUGUAAAAUUCUUUACCGUGAAACUUCGAGGAUUAGCAUACAGUCACAAGAAAAAGGAUAUCAAACAAUUUUUCCGUCCUCUACAAGCAAAAUCGAUACGAGUGCCGCCAAAGAUUAAGGGCAUCGCUUAUGUAGGCUUUAAAAGUGCACAGCAUUUGAGGAAAGCACUGUUGAAAAAUAAAAGUUUUUUAGAUGGAAGACAAAUAUUCGUAAUGAAAUACGAAGAACAGAAGGAACAGAACUUUGGCGAAGAACAGAACGAGAAUAAUUGUAACGUUGGAUGGAAGAAGCAAGAGGAAGCGCUGAAAGAUGAAGAAAGUAUAGCAGAGUCUGGAAGAAUGUUUAUUCGAAAUCUCUCUUAUACGACAACGGAAGAUGAUAUUCGAAAAUUAUUUGAAAAAUAUGGUCCGCUAAUCGAAGUUAAUUUACCCAUUGAUCGGACAACUAGAAAGCCAAAAGGAUUUGGUACGGUAACAUUUUUGAUGACUGAGCAUGCAGUGAAGGCUUACAGUAAAUUAGACGGUUCAAUUUUUGAUGGAAGAAUGUUGCAUCUUCUGCCUGCCAAAGCAAAAUCUAAUCCUAUGGAAGAACUUGACGAAAAGGGAUUAACUUAUAAGCAAAAAAAAGAAUUGCAAGCUAAGGCAACUGCGGGAUCGUCACAUAAUUGGAAUACUCUGUUCCUUGGCCAAAAUGCUGUAGCAGAUGCGAUAGCUGCAACUUAUAAUACAACAAAAGAAAAGGUGUUGGAAGAUGGAUCGAAAGGUUUGAGCGCCGCAGUAAAAUUGGCAUUGGGAGAAACACAAUUAGUUCAAGAUACCAAGAAUUUUUUAGAAGAAAAUGGAGUCUGCUUGGAUGCAUUUAAUCAACCAACAAAUAAACGUUCCAAAAUAGUGAUACUCGUAAAGAAUUUACCAGCUGCAACACCGGUGCAGGAAAUUAGACAAAUGUUUGCACAACACGGCGAAUUAGGAAGAGUUGUAAUGCCACCUUCAGGAAUUACUGCUUUGGUGGAAUUUUUGGAGCCUUCAGAGGCACGCAAAGCAUUUACAAAAUUAGCAUAUACCAAAUAUAAACAUUUGCCGCUCUAUCUGGAAUGGGGUCCAGACAACAGUUUUACUACUCCUCCAACGGAGAAAAACAAAAAGACCCAUGACGUUAAAACAAAGAAGAAAACAGAGACAGAAGAAGUGGAAAAACAGGCAGAAGAAUCUUCAGAAAAUAUAAACGAUACAAAUAAGGAUAAGAAAGACAAGAGCGAAGACGAGAACGAGGACGAAGAGGAACCUGAACCAGACACUACUCUUUUCGUAAAGAAUAUUAAUUUUGCGACCACGGAAGAGCAACUAAAAACGUAUUUCGGGAAAUGUGGUCCCCUUCAUUAUGCCACGAUAGCAACGAAGAAAGAUCCAAAAAAUCCUGGUGCCAUACUGUCGAUGGGUUACGGAUUUGUACGAUAUAAAAGAAAGGCUGACACGGAUCGUGCAUUAAAAGUGUUACAAAUGACCGUGUUAGACGGAAAGUCUAUAGAAUUGAAACGUUCUGAACGAACACUAUCCUCUGAAGUAAAAACCGCGAAGAAGAUGACAAAAGUUACGCCUCAAACGGGGACAAAAAUUCUGAUAAGGAACGUGCCAUUCCAGGCCACGGCCGAGGAAAUAACAGAACUAUUCAAAGCAUUUGGGGAACUGAAGGCAGUGAGAUUACCAAGGAAAUUAGUUGGCGUUGAGAAACACAGGGGCUUUGCCUUUGUAGAGUAUUAUACAAAAAGUGAAGCUAAGAAAGCAUUUAAAGCUCUCUGUCAGAGUACUCAUUUAUACGGUCGAAGAUUAGUGUUGGAAUGGGCCCAAACUGAAGAGGGUAUAGAAGAUAUUAGGAAACGAACAGCUAAACACUUUUAUCAAGAGGAACCAACAAAGAGGGGCAAGAAGGCGACAUUAAACCCAGAAGAUGUCGGAUUAGAAACAGAAUAA